AGUUUAAGGAAAACUCAACUCCUAUGCUGUUGUGUUAGAAUUAGUUCUGCCUAGAGCAAAGCAACGAAAGAUGCCUUUUGGAUUAGUUUCUGCGUGGAACAAACGUAGGAGAAGCAAGUCCGAGGAUCAGACCAAUCCUUGGGUGUACAAACCUGUGGAGCAGUGGCAGAUCGAGUGCAGAGGGCCCCCACCAAAGAGAAGAAAUGCUUCAGCAGUAUACACAGUGAAGGAGAUGGAGGAGGCGACGUGUUCCUUCAGUGAUGAAAACCUGCUCGGGAAAGGAGGCUUUGGUCGGGUAUAUAAAGGCACUCUAAGGUCCGGGCAGGUUGUGGCGAUCAAGAAAAUGGAGCUACCACCGUUCAAAGAAGCAGAAGGAGAGAGGGAGUUCCGCGUAGAGGUUGAUAUCUUGAGCAGACUGGACCAUCCCAAUCUCGUCAACUUGAUAGGAUACUGUGCAGACGGGAAGCAGAGGUUUCUGGUGUACGAGUAUAUGCACAAAGGGAAUCUGCAAGAUCACUUAAACGGAAUCGAACAAGUAAAGACUGAUUGGCCUUCAAGGCUCAAAGUGGCUCUCGGAGCAGCAAGAGGACUUGCAUACCUCCAUUCAGGUUCUGAUGUCGGGAUUCCUAUUGUCCACAGAGACUUUAAAUCCACUAAUAUUCUUCUUGAUGCUAAUUUGGAAGCAAAGAUAUCAGACUUCGGGCUAGCAAAGUUAAUGCCAGAAGGCCAGGAAACUUGUAUCACAACAGCAACAGUGCUUGGCACUUUUGGCUAUUUCGACCCCGAGUAUACCUUGACAGGGAAACUCACUCUACAAAGUGAUGUCUAUGCAUUCGGAGUCGUGCUACUUGAGCUUUUGACUGGACGAAGAGCAGUUGACCUGAACCAAGGACCAAGUGAUCAAAAUUUAGUGCUCCAGGUUAGGCAUAUAUUAAAUGACAAGAAGAAACUGAAAAGGGUGAUUGAUCCUGAAAUGGGACGGAGUUCAUACACAAUGGAGUCAAUAGCCAUGUUUGCAAACCUAGCGUCGCGCUGCAUCCGAGUAGACAGUCAAGAUAGGCCCUCGAUGACAGAAUGCGUGAAAGAACUCCAACUGAUCCUUUACAUCAAUUCUAAAGGAUUAGGGAUGACGAGGCAUGCACUUAGAAUGUUGUGAAACCACUGGGAGUGGUUCUGUUCACAACAGAAUAAGGCCGGAUGUCAACCACAAGGUUUUCCUGUCAGCAACUUUCAGAUGCACCAAAAACUUUAUAACAGAAAACCAUGCAAAGUUUGGUAAGCACAUCAGAGAUGUUGAUGUGCUUAUACAACCUCAAAAGGUCCCAGUGAUGGUACAGCUUUACUGAGUAGUCUAAUAGUACUCAACAAAACAAUCAUAAAUUCCAGCUAAAGAGCAUUCACGUACUCGCGACAUGUCUGUUGUAAUCUUAAGAAAAUUAUUUCUUCUGUGUUUUGAUAUAGACGUUUCUGGCCAUUAAACUUA